UAUUGUGCUUCAACUGAAUUCCAAUGUAUAAUGACAUUAUUCCAAGCAAAUGAAUUUUCUUUUAUGCAUUUGUUCCCCCCUGAGGGUCUCUCUUCUCAUUCAUCCCCUACAUGCAGCACCAGCUGGCAGAGAUCAAGUCAAAGGCUAAAUUACAAAGCGAAGUCCAGGAAAUGGAAGAGAAACUCGAUAAGUUGCAGAGUUGUGUCAUCUUGGUGAAACCUGACAAGAAGAUCAUUGAGAAUUCUUUUGCUGAAAAUGUUAACCAAUGGAGAAAGCGGAAGAGUAUGUUCAAGGGGAUUUGGGAUAAUAUUACUGAGAAUAGACCAAACGAUCAGAAGGAAUUUAAGUAAGAGCUUGGCCUUGAGUAUGACGAAGAUAUUGGCGUGAACCUGCAGUCUUACACUGACAUGCUGG